AUGUUUGAAAACGGUGGAAGCAGAAGUAAUCAACAGACAUUUGAAGUCGCCAAUGACGACAUGCUUCAACCUACAGGUUCCAAGUUUUUUGAUGAUGAUGGCCGUCCCAAAAGAACAGGAACUGUUUGGACUUCAAGUGCCCACAUAAUAACUGCAGUUAUUGGUUCUGGGGUGCUAUCUUUGGCUUGGGCUAUUGCUCAGCUUGGUUGGGUUGCUGGUCCUGCUGUGAUGGUUCUCUUCUCUGUGGUGACUUAUUACACCUCAGUUCUUCUAGCUGCUUGUUACCGCACUGGCGACCAACUCACUGGCAAGAGAAACUACACUUACAUGCAAGCUGUUAAUUCCUACCUAGGUGGUAUGAAUGUCAAGUUUUGUGGGUGGGUUCAGUAUCUGAACCUUUUUGGAGUAUCAAUUGGGUACACCAUAGCAGCUUCCAUAAGCAUGAUGGCAGUCAAAAGGUCUAACUGUUAUCAUUAUAGCGGGGGGAAAGAUCCAUGCAAAAUGAACAGCAAUUUUUACAUGAUUUCAUUUGGAAUUGUGGAAAUUAUUUUCUCGCAAAUUCCAGAUUUCCACGAGUUAUCGUGGCUCUCUAUUUUGGCUGCUGUCAUGUCCUUCACAUACUCACUUAUUGGACUCGGUCUUGGGAUUGGUAAAGUUAUAGGAAACGGAAGAAUCAAAGGAAGCCUAACUGGUGUAACUAUUGGUACUGUGACAGAAAGCCAAAAAGUUUGGAGAAGUUUCCAAGCUCUUGGUAACAUAGCCUUUGCCUACUCCUACUCAAUGAUCCUUAUAGAAAUUCAGGACACAGUGAAAUCCCCUCCUGAAGAGUCAAAGACAAUGUCCAAGGCUACUUUAGUCAGUGUUCUAGUCACAAGCCUUUUCUAUUUGCUAUGUGGUAGCUUUGGCUAUGCUGCUUUUGGAGAUGCAAGCCCGGGAAAUCUGCUCACUGGUUUUGGCUUCUAUAACCCAUAUUGGCUCCUUGACAUAGCCAAUGUUGCCAUUGUUGUUCACCUUGUUGGUGCAUACCAAGUUUACUGCCAACCUCUUUUCCAAUUUAUCGAAAAAAACACAGCACAAAAAUUCCCAAACAACGAUUUUAUAAGCAAAGAAUUUGAAGUACCAAUCCCUGGCUGCAAACCCUUCAAGCUCAACCUCUUUAGGUUGGUCUGGAGGACAACUUUUGUGAUCUUAUGUACCGUGAUAGCUAUGCUCCUACCAUUCUUCAAUGACAUUGUGGGGCUUAUUGGAGCCAUUGGAUUUUGGCCCCUCACUGUGUAUUUCCCAGUGGAGAUGUACAUAGUUCAAACUAAAAUACCCAAGUGGAGCACAAAAUGGAUAUGCCUCCAAAUACUUAGUGCUGCAUGCUGUGUAAUUACUCUAGUAGCUGCAGUUGGUUCCAUUGCUGGAAUUCUUGAUGAUCUUAAAGUUUACAAGCCAUUCUACACCAGUUACUAA